AUGCCGGGCCUUUUCACCCAGCUCCAGGUGGAGAUGUGUGACCAGGCCCUGAGUCCUGCCUCGCCAGUUGAGCGCGACCUUGUUGAGUUUGCUUCCAAGGUAGAGGAUGCUAUCUCGCCGGGUUCCUCGGAGGAGUGGUUUUUAGAGCAUGCCCUGGAUGCCAUCCAUGAUGACACACCCUCCCCCGCUAAGUGGCACCUCCUCAAGCAGAUGGCUCAUGUUCUCUCCUUGCAGCACAAUACCCCUCACAGCCCUGCCUCCCUCAGGCUCCUGACUGCCAACGUCACUCACUGGAGGCCGGAGGUUCGUGAUUGGGCUUUUUCCCUCGACGCCCAGGGGGUUUUGCUCCAGGAGCUCCACCUCACUGCUGAGGCUGCGCAUGAGGCCACGAUCGCCGCCUCUAAAAGAGGGCUUCGCCUCUUCACUUCGCCACCUUUCCUCAGCGAAAAGAAGCGGCCCCUGGGAGGUUUUGGCGUUCUCAUCCACUCCUUCCUCAACCCUCGCCAUGUCCUCACCCACACCGUUGAGGGCUGUGGUUUUCUCGCAGUUUCGCUUCGGUGCUCGGGUUUCGAACUCACCCUGAUCUCAAUUUACCUCCAGUCCGGGACUGGCUUCAACUCUCCGGUCAACGCCGAUGUCCUGGCUCGCCUCCUAGCCUUUCUCCCUUCCCUCCGGGGAGUGUGGCUUGUUGCCGGCGACUGGAACAACCCCAUACAAGAUCUCCUCGCCACUAGGCUUGAGGAAGUUACCCAUGGGAGGUUCCUGGGCACCGGCCCCACCGCUGCAACAGACCGGGAAAUCGACUACUUGUUUGUCUCGUCUCCGGCUGUUGCUUCCCUGACCUUGGCUCAGGACUGGGUCGUCCCUUUCAAGCCUCACUGUGCCCUGCGGGCGACUCUUCAGCUCAGUUCUCUGCAACUUCCCUACCCGCAGCUCGCUACCUUUUGUGAAGUCUUCCCCGACCCUCUGCCUUUUCAGCCUUCGGUCCCGAGCCCCUCGCCUGUCGCUGAGGUUAACCUUCUUGGCCUCACUUCCACUGACCAGCUCACCCUCGAUUUCGCUGAGCUGAGCUCCUUCCUCGAGGCUUCUCAUGGGUUUCCCGAUCGCGGGCGUGGGGCUUUCGUCCCCAUCCUCCACAAGCCCCUCGUUCAAGGCCACUCGGUUGCUUUUGCUUGGAAGGGCCAGCUCCCUUCCUUGGUGUCGGCCGUGCUCCACUUGCUUGACCGGCCCGAGGUUUUGCAGCCUUUCCUGUGGUCCUCCUUGGACACUUCCCUCCCCUCUGAGGUUCGGGCCUUUUGUGACCGGGUGCGGGAUGGCUCAGCUACUUCUGCCAACCUCCGUGUCGAGGGCACUGCUCUCCUUGGCCAACUUCGGCGUGAACAAACUGCCCGGCAGGCUGAUCAGUAUGGUGAGUGGCUGGAGGAAGCUUCCGGCUCACACCUUGGGCCGCUUUUUCGCGCCAUCAAGUCUCAUGAGCAGGUGCUUGACCGGCCCUACCAAGACUGCGAUGGGCUCCGUCGCGCCUUUGAGAGGCAUGAACACUGGGCCCGUGUGUGGCACGCUUCGGUCUUUCCUCAGCCCUUUUCGCACCCUCUCCUCGCGGAGCUCCGCUCGAGGGCCGUCUCUCACGCUGGCACUCUCGCUCCACUGACUGUCCCCAACCUUCAAAAGCUUCUCAAGAAAGCGGGAAAGAAGAAAGGCGGCCCAGACGGCUGGAGUUACCCAGCUUUCCGCGCCUUGGACCCAGCCGCUCUUCAGCUCGUCGCCGACUUCCUCGCCCGCGCGGAGGCUGAGGUGCUUCUACCCUUCCAGCUCACCUGUGUCCAGGUAGCUCUUCUUCCGAAGUCUGCCGACAAAGAGCGCCCUAUCAGUCUCCUCCCCUGCCUGUGGAGGCUGUGGGCUCGCGCCAGGUGGAAGGAUGUCGCGGCUUGGACGUCGGCAUACUCCCCCGACCACCCGUGGGAUCGGGCGGUUCCGGGCCAGGCCAGCCUCGACACAGCGUUGGCCCGCCUCGUGAGGUCGGAGCACUCCAAGCUCGAGAAGACUCACAUAGUCAGUCUCUUCCUCGACCUUCGCGGGUUCUUUGAUUCCGUGAGCUAUGAGCGCCUUCUCCUCCAAGGCCUAGCUCACCGGUUUCCUCCGCUUCACCUCUGGUUCGCCCUUCAAGUCUACCAGGGGCCGCGAUGCCUUGUCGCCGACUCGAUAGCGGCAUACCGAGUUCUCCAUGCCUCCCUCGGCCUCGAAGGCCUCGAGGUUGAGACAACAAAGACCAAGUUCGUCGCCGGUACGGUCCGUGCCCGCGCCGCGCUUCAGCAGCUGCGGCGCCCGGGCGAGCCCGAAACCGCCGACCUUGUCAAGGACCUGGGGCUGGACUGUGCUGCAGGCCGGCGACGGCGCAUCACCACAGCCCAAAAGCGCUUCCGCACUGGCCUUGGGCGCGUCCGCCACAUGCGCCGUCUUCGCAUUCGCCGCAGGUGGGUCCGGGGCCGGCUGCUUCAAGCCUCCGCCCUUAAGGCCGGCCUUUAUGGCCAUCAGGCCGUUGGGGUUGCCCCUAAGCGCCUCAAGGUCCUGCGCUCGGCGGUUGCGCGAGAAGCUGGUCGCUUUGAGCAUGGCUCUGCCGAUGUCAUUCUUGACCUCAUGUCCCACAAGGCCAUCGACCCUCACCAGCUUGUUGUUGUGGAACAGAUCCAGGCUUUGGGGCGCCUCGCCUCCAGCGCCUCUUCCGAAGGCGUGCGGCUGCUCACCCGCACCUGGGCCUCUUCCUGGUCCAGACAGGCCUCCGCCAUACAUGGGUGGAAAAUCGUCAAUGGCCCCGUGUCUGCGCUCAUCCAGUACCUGCUCGACUUGCGUGUGUCCGCUCCUACCCCCGAACUUUGGACGCACCGCGUCAUCCAGCUUGAGCGCUGGACUCGUAUCGGCGCGGUCUCCACCGCCGCAGGCGCCGCCACAGGCAUUGAUUGGACCGUGCCGCGCCGCCUUUUGGCCAGUCCUCGGACGAAGUCCUGGCGGCACGGCCUUAGGGCCGUCUUUCAAGGCGCCCUCCUUCACUCGGGCAACGGAGGGAAGGACCGAUGCAAAUUCUGUGGUGAGCCCAACACCCUGCACCACCUUCUUUACGAGUGUGAGAAGGUUCCGGGCGCCCUCAUGCCCGCAGGCUGGCUGUUGUCUUACAAGCGGCAGGUCCGCCGCACUGGUCUCUUCCUUGAAGGCACACCGGACUUGACGGGGCUUUUCGUCGCCACUGACGCUUCGGGAGGCCCUGCCACCAAAGACAGUCGCCUCCGCUCGGUCGGCUGGGCCGUUAUAGUCGCUAGCAGACACAAUGGCGACUUCACUGUCCUUGGUACCCUGUCGGGGCUUUUGCCGGCUCCUGCCUCCGUCCCGGAAGGCGAAAGCGCCCAGGCCCUUCUCUCCUCUCGGGGCACUUUCGACCUCACUUGCGACUGCCAGCCCGCUCUCCGGAGCCUUCAAGGCCCCUUUACCAAGCGUACCCCGCUUGAGCCGACGGCUUGGGAGGCAUGGCAGCUUUAUGCCGCUGCCAUUUUGCGCCUUCGCUUGGCCACGUAUAGGCCGUGGUAA